GUUUACCUAAGUUGAAAUGAUAAGUUCGAAAGCGCAAACUCUACGAAAGAUUCCAAGGGAAUUUUUCCCUUUCGACUUGACUCUUUCUGCGAAGAAAACAGAGUAAAGAAAGAGAAUCAUAUUGAAACGGAAUUUUCACAUUUUUCAUGAGAACAUUUCAAUGAACAUUCUGAAAAGAGAUGAACAAUCUUUCGAAAAGUGAGAAGAGAGAGAGAAGAUAAUCUUCCAUCAUCUUCAUUUAAGUUUCACUUUUCGCAUCCAUUGGAUCGACUCUUCACUUAUCAAACAAAAUCCAUCGAUGUGACAAUUUAUAUCUUAAUGUCUUCCAUUUAUUUGCAUCAUUUUAACAGUGAAUUUCAUUGGAAUCAUCAUCAUCCUUAUCUCCAUCAGAAUCAACUUUCAUAUGAUUAUUUCUGAUCAAUUGAUUGCCAGUGGAGAUUGAGAGUAGCGAGUGUUUACCUUUUUUCCUCGAUCUUUGGUCACAAUGUUUAUUUCCUGAUUUUCUUUUGAUACUCACCUGAUUCCCUACUAAUCUCUGAAUUUACGAGUACUAUUAAUUGUGUGUUCCAUUCUGAACUCAUUGAUUAAUCUGUGAUCAGCCUGAUUGUUGAAAUAAUGAUUCUCGAAGUUCAAUGUUUUCCCACUAUGAUUAUAUUUCUAAUCAACACCAUAUUAAUACAACUAUCGACAGUUAAUUCUGCCUCUUCGCCGAGCAUCAUUAAAAUUGGUGCGUUGUUAGAAACAAAAGACGAUUCAUUAAUCGAGGCUUUUCAAGAAGCAUUGAAAAGAUACAAUUUCAAUGAUUGGAAACGAAAUAAAUUCCGUUUAAUUGGACAAAUUGAAUUCAUCAAUUCCAGUGACAGUUUCCAUGUAUCCAAGUCUCCCUGUAAAUUAUUGGAAGAUGGAGUCUGGGGUCUAAUUGGAGUCAAUAGUCAAUCAAUUAGUUGGUAUAUCGAUUCAUUGGUUUCUCAUUUUCGUGUUCCUUAUGUUUCAAUUUUAUGGAAUCCAAAUGGUUCCAACAGUAAUGAUGUCAAUAACUCUGCAUCUUCAUCACCUCUUCCUUCACAAUCACCAUCUAAAUCAUCAUCAUUGUCACUUCCAUCAUUUUAUUCAUCCUCAUCACUAUCAUCAGCAUUUUCUCAAUCUUAUUUAGCAUCAUUGUCACAAUCAUCGGUAGGAUGGGUAAAUGAGGAUCGUAAAUAUCACAAUUUCACCAUUAAAUUAACUCCAUCAUCUAAAAUGAUCGGUCGUGCCUUAGAAUCAAUGAUGAAUUAUCAUGAUCAUUGGAAACAAUUUACAAUCAUCUAUGAAACAAAUGAAGGUCUGAUUGAGCUUAAAAAUUUAUUGGAAAUCAAUUCGGCCUCCAAAAUGGUACAAAUUACUGUUCGUCGAUAUCAACCCAAUACCAAUUCCUUUAAAAAGCUUCUUAGAGAUUGUAAGAAACAUGGAGAAACUAAUUUCAUAGUUAACUUGAGUGAGAAGAAAAUCUUGGAACUAUUGAAUGAGGCUCGAAAAGCUGGACUUAUGACUGAAUAUAACAACUUUUUCCUAUUCAAUUUGGAUAUUUCCUCGAUUGACCUUCGAAGUUUCGAAUGGAUCGAUACCAAUAUAACAACAUUCUCCUUAUUAGAUGAACAAUAUAUUGACCGAAGUGAUAUAUGGACUCAAUCAGAUUUUCUAUCAACCAACAAACAGACCAAACUUAAAGCUUUAUCAUCAUUAAUAUACGACGGAAUUAAAGUUAUCUCUGAAUCGAUUAAGAAAGUUCUUAAAGAUUCUGGUUCGAUUGAUGGUCCAAGUGUAACCUGUUUGAGUAAUAAAUUCUGGACUCAUGGAGAUUUUUUAAUAUCCACAAUGAAAUCGAAUUCAUUUACUGGCCUUACUGGACCAAUUGCCUUUGAUAAUCGAGGCUCACGAAUUUCUUUCCAUCUUAAUUUGAUGAAAUUACAGAAAGGAAAAUUCAACAAGAUUGGCUAUUGGAAUAACGAAAUGAACCUAAUCAUCAAUGAAAAUCUUCCGAAAUCAAAGGUCACUCUGGUUGACAAGUUACGGCGAAAGAUAUUCAGAGUUAACUCGAUUCUGGGUCGACCUUAUUUGAUGUUGAAACGUAAUCAUGAAAAGAUGAUAGGAAACGAUAAAUUUGAAGGAUUUAUCAUCGACUUACUUGAUGAUUUACAGCGACAAUUGAACUUUUCUGGUUAUACAAUUUUUCUUGGUCAUGAUGGAUCCUAUGGAUUACCGUAUGGAAACGGGACUUGGAACGAUGUUAUCGGCAACUUGGUCAAUCAAAAAGCUGAUCUUGCCGUUGGAGACUUAACGAUAACUCGAGAGAGACAAGAGCAGAUCGAUUUCACUAUUCCGUUCAUUAACUUUGGCAUCUCAAUUAUCGCUCGAAAGUCAGAAAACCAAGUGACAAGUUUAACUGCUUUUCUUAAUCCAUUUUCAUUUCAACUUUGGUAUUCAAUUGGAUUGGCCUCUCUUUGGGUUACAUUGAUGAUGCAUUUUUUGGGCCGAUUCAGUCCAUUGGAAUGGAUCAUUGAUGAAAGUUCAUUAGUUGUAAAUAAGAAUCCAAAUGGUAAUCAAACGUCAUUGAUUAUAAUUCAAUCAGCUAACAAUUCAGUUACUCGGACCAAAUCAAAAAACGUCAUGUUGGCUAAAAACAAUUUCAAUUUCUCAAACUGUGCCUGGUUUACCUUGUGUUCAAUUAUGCAACAAUCAUCAGAUUUAAGCCUAAGGGCAAUUUCAACCAGGAUUCUGGCAACAUCUUGGUGGUUUUUCACACUGAUCAUCGUCUCCUCUUACACGGCAAAUCUUGCCGCUUUUUUGACCUCAGCGAAAUUGGAAAAACCCAUUGAAAGUAUUGAGACUUUAAUACAACAAACGAAGAUUAAAUUUGGUUGUGUCAAAAAUGGAGCAACGUAUAACUUUUUUAAACAAAGUUCAGAUCCAAUUCAUCAGCGUUUAAUCAGCGUAAUGAGCUCAACAACUUCGUCCGUUUUUGUCGAAACCAAUGAGGAAGGAUUGAAACGAGCUCUCAACGAAGAUUAUGCUUUUUUCAUGGAAUCCACGUCGAUUAUGUAUUAUAUCAAUCGCCAUUGUAAUUUAAGCCAAAUUGGUGCUCCACUUGAUGAUCGUGGAUACGGAAUAGGAUUGCCUUUUGGUUCACCGUAUAAAGAGUUACUGACUGAGGCCAUUUUGAAACUUCGAGAAAGUCAAACAAUCGAUCGACUAACAACAAAAUGGUUUCAUGAUCAACCAGAACAAGAAAGAAUUCAAAAUUCAGCUUUUCCAUCAGAAUGUUCAAUCCUCAGAUCGUUGCAAGAUAUUAAUAAACUACAACCCGGAAACAUUGGCGGUACUUUAAUUGUCCUACUACUUGGAUCAGCUGUAGCUUGUAUUCUGGUCACCAUCGAGUUUGCUUGGAAAACAAGAAAGGAACCGAGAAAUAUAUAAAAGAGGAAGCUGAUGAUGAGAAUCGACAACUACUAACAUUUGAACAUCAUGGUCCUUCCGGUGUUCAUUUAGAGACUGUGAUAUAAGACCAAACAAAUGAAUACACAUUCGAGCCUUUUGUGUUUAACUAAUCAAUUUUUUGCUUACAAUUAAAUCAUGAUAACAAUCAAGACAAGAUAAUCAAACGACACAAAAAUCGGACUUUAAAUCAAAUGAUCAACAAAAUGAACGUAAUCAACUUUUAAACUAAUUGACAUCGUUUUCCAUUCCAUUUGUUAAUCACUUUUCUUAAUUGUAAAAUAUUUUGCUAAAUCAAUUUCUCCUUAAUUGUAAAACAAUUUAAAUUACAGAAAAUAAAACUAAUCAGUUAUCAAUUAAAA